AUGCUCAACGGUUUGGUUCAGCGAAUUCGUUUUUUUCACCUUUCUCGUCGACAGAGGAGGGAGCCACAGCCGAUGUCGACAGAAGUGGAGACGCCGGGGUCCAACCUCAGCAACGUUGAAGAAACCGUGUUUGAACCACCUGUACGCACAAUCACGGGAUUACUCAGUCUGGAUGCUGUACUGCAAACAAUUGACGCGCACAUCAACAGAACCCGAAGGGACGUCCUGGUCACAUUCAUCAGCAAUACUUGGACAACAGCGAAUAUCAGCCUCAAUAAUACCAGCAGACGCAUCAAAGGCUUCCAGUUUCUUCGACAUCGUCUGAAUAAGCAGAGGAGCCUGCUCGACAGCAUAGCCGAAAAAACCCUACUCAGAGCCCUGGAUGACUCAGACUACGGGAGCGAUGGUGAAACCGACUCCUGCCGGUCCGGAUCCAUCUCUCCCAGUGACAUGGAAGGCUGGAGCAGCUCCCAGUUCGAGACUGAAGACUAUCCCAGUACGUGGUCAGGAAAGUCGGGCAGUCAGACGGAGCCAGAAGAGGCCGAAGCAGAGUGCUUCAAUCGCCUUCUGCGAGCUCUGAAACACGAAGACAAGAUCCUCUUUGAUCCUAGUCUGGUUCUGCCCAAGCCGCCGCCACCAACGCAAGUGGACGAGGAAGGUGAGGAGCAAAGAGAGGUUUCAGCCUCCAACUCCAACCUGGACAUUUUCUUUUACGGAGAAAAUACCAGCAACGAAGCGCCAGCAACACCUACCGCGGUGGAUACCGAGCGAAAAUUUUCUGGCCGAACGCGUUCGCAGAAGCGAAGUUAUUUAUCGGUCAAACAGGCUCCUAGGCGCCGCAGGUGCCUUGGAAUAUUUGGAGUUUUCAUUGUUUGGCGGUGGGUACGCCUGCAACUACAAAUCGCGCGCCUAAAGGGCCUUUCUACUGAGUCGCAGUCCUACAUCAACCCCCUGAAGGUGGUCACCGUGGGCGACGUGGACCUGCACCAGAACAAAGUCACCUGUCCGCACCUGCUGGAACACCUGCAAAAUGCCGGUGCCAUCAGACGGAAGGAACCGACCACACCCAUGAUGCAGUUGCUUGCCACCGCACAGCAGCAGUUUGCUGCUGCAGCCCAGGCGGCA